AUGAAGAGCCGAAGGAUUGAACGAAAGAAUGCGAGAAAAGAGAAGAAAAUGAGAAGAAAUUUGCAUUCAUUGAGGAAAUCAAACAAAACACCUGAAGAUGUGGUCCAAGACAUGACACCAGCCGUUGAACCGAAGAACCAUAAAAUGGAGGCAAAAGAUGACAUAAAAAAGGAUAGGAAAGUGAAACCAAAAGCAAAUAAAAGACAAUUGACUUUAAGAGAGAAGAGAGACAUUGAAAGGGAAGAGAAAGAAGUGAAGAGAUUGGAGAAGAAGUUGAAACUGAAUCGACGCAAAAAGAAUGGCAAAAGAGUGACAACACUUCCCAAGUCUUUCAAAGAGGAUGGAUUGGGCUAUAUCUUGGAGUUGUUUGACGAAAAUAAUGACAAUAAGUUUGAUAAGGAAUCCGAUUCCGAGAGUAAUGCCAAGGAUUUGGAUGAAGUGAAUGAUUCCGACAAUUUUGACAACGAAUCAGAUGUUGACGAAGAGGUUGAAGACGAGGACAUGGAAUCAGAAGACAUGCAAAGCGAUGACAAUUUGGGUGAAGAAUCGGAAGAAGAGAGUGAAACUGAAGAGAAGGAGAAGAAGACAACUAAUGAGUUAAAGGAAGACAUCUAUGGCUUCAUUCGCGACGGUUCUGGAAAUAUAGUGAAACAAAGUCCUGAUCUGAAGAAACCAAUUGACAGUUCUGUUAGCAAUCAGUUAUUGAGACAAAUGAGGGGAGCAUUGAAUCGAUUGACUGUUAAUAAUGUGAUGACAAUUAGUUCCCAAAUAAGACAAAUGUUUGAACAAAACAGUAGACAUGAUGUGAAUGAAGCCCUCUUUACAUGCAUUAAGAUGGGCGGACACGCCAUCCAUUCAUUAGUUGUCAUAUUUGAUGACUUACUGAAGCAAAUGUCAACCAAUGAGACCAAAAGAAUGGAUAAUUUAGUGUUGCUUAUUGUUAACCUAUAUGUAUGCGGUUUAAUUGAUUUGUCACUUAUUUACGAAAUUCUUAUGAAAUUCUGCGACAAUUUUACUGAAAAAUGCAUUGAAUUAAUUAAUUUGAUUCUCAAAUCAGUUGGAUUUAUAUUACGUAAAGAUAGUGCCAUUAAAAUGAAAGAAUUUAUAGUGAGAGUACAGAAUGAGGCGAAAAAUGUGGACAAAAACAGUUUAAGCGGAACCAGAAUUACUUUUUUGUUGGACUCACUCAUGGCUAUCAAGAAUAACAAUAUGACUAAAUUUAAAGGAUACGGAACUGAAGUGGACGUCAAACUCAUUGAAAAUACACUGAAAAGUACAAUCAAGAAGUCGAGAGUCCAUAGCAUGUCUGGCAGUUGCGAGGCUAUUCUCAAGAGUUCUCAUUGGUAUUCAUUCACACAAAACUUCGAUGCAAUCAAUUUAGACAAAAAGCAAACAAAUUUCAAUUUCAAUAAAACAGUCGACUCUCAGACCAAUGAACGGCUGGUGAAAGCUUUGAGGCUAAACACGCCUCUGAGAAGGGAUAUA